AUGACGAAAGUGAUAAGAACCACCCCCAUCGAUCGGUCCAAGAGAACUGCUGUCAAGGGGGAUGUUGUCGAUGAGAUCAACAUCAUUCAUGGAAAGAGAAAACGAAAAUUGAGUCUCAAUUUUUCGGACUUGAUAUCUUCGGAAGUCGUCUCCAAGCCGAAAUCGUCUCCGAAACAAACCAAAACAAAGAAAAAGCAGAAGGAAUUAUCUGACAGUGAGGCGGAUGAGGAAAAUCCAGUUAUUUAUUUAAACACUGGAAAGAGUAAAUUUGAAGUUGUGGAUAUGUUUGAUGACGAGAGCAAGGAUAACGAAACUACAGAAGAGGAGAAUUUAUUCAGUCAAGAAGUUGUGGAAGAUCAAUCGAGCAAAAAGAAAACAAAAAAAUAUAACAAGAAGUCAACCAAGCGAACCAAAGAGACAAGCUCUAAAAAGAAGGAAAAGAAACCAAUCUUUGUUGAAGAAUUACCACCACAAAAGCAUUCUGAAUUACCUUUUGAGCCUUUGCAAUACUUUUCUAAAAACAUUGUAGAACAUGUGAAGAAAUUAGGUGGCACUUUCCCAACAACUUACAAUAGAAACCAUCCUUUUAUUUAUGGAGAUCGAACGUAUGAACGUUUUGAUGAGUCUUUGAGGUUAUUCACUUGUAUUCAGUGGAACAAUCAUUUAUACAAGAGUACUAUCUCCAGUGCAAUCUUUGGAUUAGAAUUUUUACUGUUUGUCAUGGAUGAACAAGACAUGACUCAUUAUGAUUUUAUUCAAGAUCGUAAUAGCGAAAUUGCUCUUAUUGGUGAUGCAACUGAUACAAUUAUUGCUGCUGACGUUUUGCCCACAGUUCCUUGCAGUAGCAGUGAGAAGGGAGACUUUUUAUUGUACCUAAUUUUUGAUGACCAAAAGCAUGCAGCUCCUAAAGGUGUUUACCUCUCAACAUUUUUAGAAUCUCUUAGUAUUGAUACAACUGAGUAUUCAGAGACAGAUCGAGAUAACUUCACACAAAAUUAA